AGCAAGUAUUUGUUAUGCCACUGUUGUUGUGAAAUUCAUUUUUAAAUUAUUACGGUAGAUUAUUUGGGCGUGCUAAUAACAGUCGGUCGUUUUUUUUUUAUCAGUUUGUGUGCAUUUAGUUUCAGCAUACGUUUGUGUGUGCUUAAUAUUCAACGCAUGUGCGUGACGACGAAGCGUGUUGUAGGUCUCUAUGGCAACGUAUUUUAAACCCCUUUGGGAAGCCAGCAAGAGAUUAUCGGCACAGGUGUCCUACGAACACACAACUCAACAUAAAAUGUAGCAGGGCAGUGGAAACAACAAAUAGUUUCCAGUUAGGGUUUUUAUAAUUUAUUCAUACUGGCAAAGAAAUCGCAUAACCUUGCUGUGAGAUGAGCACUAGGACCCAGGAGGAGUACGAGGAUGACUUUGAGAAGGACCUGGACUGGCUGAUUGGUGAGGAUGCCAGAAGUGAGAACCAGGACCCUGAUGAUGACGAUAUCGAGGCACAAAUAGACAAGGAACUAGAGGAAGAAGAGGGGGAGCAGGGAAAGGAGAGCAACAAAAGCCAGAAAGAGCAGAAUAGAGGUGAAGAGACAGAGGAGGCAGAGGUGGAAGAGAGAUGGCCUUCGCCAAUGGAGCCCCUUGAGUUUGAUUCUGACAGAGAGAGCCAGUAUAAGUUGUCGUCCAUAGCCCCCCCCCCCCCGGUGCUGGAGGACCAACUGGACGAUGAGAAGAAAUACAUCCUUGAGAAGAUUGAACAGGCCAAUCGAGAGCUACAGGACCAGGAAGCUCCAGACAUGACCCGACAAAGACGGCUACACUUCAAAGAGACUCUUGUAGAUCUGGUGGUGCCCCCUUUGGAUUUUGAGGUCAGUGGCUCCUCCCAGAGUGCAGGGGUGGAAGUGCGGAAGGACUGCCUGGUUGGAGGCACAGACACAAAGAUCGAGACCGAGGUGGCAGGGAGGCUGUCGGAACUCAAGAUCUCCCAGAGGGAUGGAGCUGGAGAAGGCAGCUCACUGGCUGGGGAUCCUGGCCAGACCGGACCUGAAAAGAGGGUCCAGGCUGGGCAGGGGAAAGAAGGCAGAGUCCUAAUAGAGAAAGAUGGAAAAUUUGAUCUAGUCAGUCUGAAGGAGGUGGAGAGCCUCAGCUUGUUGCCCCCCAUAGCCAACAAUUUUACUGACAGUCACCGCUCUGACCCUUGUCCUGGAGGACACAAGCUCAGCCCUAACAAGGCUGUCAUGUCCUCCCUCCACCCUCAGGGGAUAGAGCACCUCCGGGCCCCCAGACCUCCAGCCAAGCCCAGGAACAGGCCCAGUUCAGCCAGUCACACCCAGAAAAGCCGCCUGGGGAGGGGCACCAAACGCAGGGUGCAGUCGGCCAACGGCACACCCACCCACAUCACUUAUACGCUCUCUCACGAACAGAAGGAGCUUCUGCAGAAGAUGCAGGAGAGGAAGGGGAGGCAAGCCAGAGAGGCAGAACAGCGAAGGUGUGAAGAAGAGCAGCAGAAGCGCCAGGAAAACGAGAUGGCGUUCCGGGCGUGGUUGCUGAGGAAGAGGGGGCAGGUUCAGGAGGAGAGGAGGAUCCACCAAGCUCAGGAGAUGGAGAGGAUGAACGGCAGGAAAGAGUCUUGUGACCCAGACGAGGCCUUCAGGGUGUGGCUGCGGAGGAAGCAGGGGCAGCAGCUGAGAGAGAGACAGCUGGAGGAGAUGAAGAAGAUGGAGCAGGAGAGCGGAUUCUAUCUGCACAACCGAGAGGAGUGUGAACGCGCUUUCAAACUGUGGCUGAAGCGUAAGCAUUUGGAGAAGAGGGCGGAGAAGCGCGCGGCGAGGGAGCACGCCCGCAGGCUGGUGCUGGAAGAGCGGCGAGCUCGGCGCCUGCAGGACCUCCUCUGCUCCGCCAACGAGCCACUACGCUUCACAGAGCACCUGGCCUACCGCUUCUGAAGAGCAAGACCAACAACAUACCUCAAGAGGAAUGAGACGGGGAG